AAUUUCGAAUCAGACGAUUGUUGAAAGCCUGUAAAGAAACACCUUUUAGAAAAAUUAACAGAAAUGUUUCGAACCACAACAAUAUUUAUUCUUCUAUUCGCUUGUGUCGUCAACAAUUCCAGUACUUACCUAGCCCCUUUUGUGAAAAAAUGCAAAUCUAAUGACAAUGAGUGCUUGUUGUCAUCCAACCUGCAGAUAGCAUUGCCAUACAUCGCUGAAGGAAUUCCAGAGAUCGGAGUACCCGGCACAGAUCCGUUGGUUUUGGAGAAUCUCACCAUGGGUUCAGAAGAUAGCGUUUUCAAAUUUAUCUUACCAGCUUUAAAAAUACAGGGUGGUAGGAAGUGUAAGAUAGCUGAUUUUAAGCAAAGUCAACAAGAUUCAGUUAUGAAACUGACAUUGGAUUGUCCGUUCUUGGGAACAGGACCUUACAAGUUUAUAGGACAAUGGGGUAUAUUCCAUUUAGAAAAGGAAGGAGAUUUCAAAAUUCACACAGAUUCAAUGAAGACGUCUAUGACAAUUAAAAUGGAGAAAACUGCUAUCAACGGAAAGAAGUAUUGGAAUCUUUUAAGUUUCGAAUACUCAAGCGAACCUUCACAAUCUAUGCAUAUUGAAUUUGACGGCCUCUUCGCCGGUGAACUGGAUAGAGCACGAUCCUUCCUGAGCGCCAUGGAUAAGAAUUGGGAUAGCACGCUGCAGAUUGGAGGACCUAUGGCUGAUGGAAUCGUGAAAAACACCUUUGAAUGUCUAAAAAAAUUCUUCCUUAGAGUGCCAAUUGAGGAUCUUCUACGCGCUUAAAUUGUGUAACUUAAGACAUAAUUUUAAUUUUAAGUAAUAAAGAAUUUCUUAAAACUCUA